AUUUUUGUGAAACGAAACCGCUCCAUACAUAUACAAACAGAUACAGUACCGAGCAAAAACUAAGCUUCCUCUGUAUAAAUUAUUUAAUAGGGUCCUAGUUUUAACCAGGUAUUGUUUACUCGAACAUUCGAACUGAGUUUAUGAAAAUGUUGAUAUUAAUAAAAGUGUGACAAAUAAAUAAAGUGAUAAAUAAGUAAUAAAACAGGUAGGUAAAUUAAAAAAAACAUGUAAAUAAUGGUAGUGGUGUUAAGCAGCAUCAUAUUAUAAACUACUCAAAUCAUUGUUAUUAUAAACUAUGGUUAUAAAAAAAACAAGCAUGGCUUUACGUACGUAUGGUGAUAAACCUAUAAGUUUCCAAGUGGAAGAAAAUGGAGAAUAUUAUUGUAUUGGAUCUGAAGUGGGCAAUUAUUUACGCCUAUUUCGGGGAUCAUUGUAUAAACGUUAUCCUGGAAUGUUUAGAAGAUCUAUUACAAAUGAUGAACGUAAAAAGCUAGUAGAACUUGGACUAAGUCAACAUGUACUUGCAUCUAGCGUAUCACUCUUAAGGGCUAGCGAAGUAGAAGAUAUUAUUGAAGGCAAUGAUGAUAAAUACAAAGCUGUAUCGGUGCAUUCAACAGAACCUCCAGCUCCUAGAGAAGGGAAAUCAAAGAAGUCAAUGCCUUGGGUACCUAGCUUACCAAAUAGUUCACAUUUAGAUGCAGUUCCUCAAGCUACACCAAUUAAUCGCAACAGAGUACAUAAUAAAAAAGUCAGAACGUUUCCUUUAUGUUUUGAUGAUACAGAUCCAUCAGCAAAUUUAGAAAAUGCAGCACAACAGGAAAUGUUAGUUCCAAUUCGUUUAGAUAUGGAAAUUGAAGGACAAAAAUUACGAGAUACUUUCACAUGGAAUAAAAAUGAAAGUCUUAUAACACCAGAACAGUUUGCUGAAGUAUUAUGUGAUGAUCUAGAUUUAAAUCCAUUAACUUUUGUACCAGCUAUUGCACAAGCUAUAAGACAACAAAUUGAAGCUUUUCCACAAGAAACUAUUUUAGAAGAUCAAUGUGAUCAACGAGUUAUAAUUAAAUUAAACAUACAUGUAGGAAAUACUUCCUUGGUAGAUCAAGUGGAGUGGGAUAUGUCUGAAAAAGAAAAUAAUCCUGAAAAGUUUGCAAUGAAGCUUUGUGCUGAAUUAGGACUUGGUGGAGAGUUUGUUACUGCUAUUGCUUAUAGUGUUCGUGGACAAUUAUCAUGGCACCAAAGAACUUACGCAUUUUCUGAAGCCCCUUUACCUACAGUAGAAGUACCUUUUAGACCACCUUCAGAAGCUGAUCAGUGGGCACCAUUUUUAGAAACAUUAACAGAUGCAGAAAUGGAAAAGAAAAUACGCGAUCAAGAUCGAAAUACAAGACGUAUGAGGCGUUUAGCAAAUACUACACCUGGAUGGUAAAAUGUGUAAAUUGCAUUGGUAUAUUAUGCUGAUAACAGUAGCAAAAUUUUACGUGGAUGUGUUUAAGAGAUAUUCACUUUGACCAUUUUUAGAUUUUUUAAAAUUAUGAAUAUAAUAAUAGCCUUUUUGUUAAGAUUUAAGCAGAAAAUAAAAUGUACUUUAAUACAUA